AUGGCCUCCAAACCGCCCCGGUUGUCGAUGAUCAACCAUGCUGCCGGCAUCUACGCAGAUAUGUCCGUUGAUGGGCCUGCUAUCGGAACUCUGGUUCUCGUCGUGGAUCGGGCGAAGAACCUUCCCAAUAGAAAGACAAUGGGGAAGCAAAAUCCCUACUGUGCGGCUCGUUUAGGGAAAGAAGCGAAGAAAACCGACACUGACUUGCGAGGGGGCCAAACGCCGAGAUGGGAUCAAGAACUUCGAUUUACCGUACAUGAGUCACCCGACUAUUUCAGACUCAAGGUAACCAUAUUCAACGACGACAAAAGAACCGACCUCAUCGGGGAGACCUGGAUUGAUCUGAAAGACUUGAUCAUCCCCGGGGGUAGCCAGAGUGAUCACUGGCAUCCAUUGCAGUUUCGUGGCAAGUAUGCCGGUGAAGUUCGUAUCGAGAUGACUUACUACGACACUAGGCCAGAAGAUGAGGCAGUGAUUGAACGACGGACACAAGCCGUGGAGAAGGUCAAUGUCCACGGCAAACCGAGUGCCUCAAGCUCAAGCUUAAACUCAAGAUCGAGUCCAGCGCCAAUCAGCUCCUCUUCGUCUCUAUCAGGACCCCGACAAUUGAAAGAGGUCAAGCGACGUCCACUACCCAGUGGUCCUCCGGGUUCAGCUCCGGCACGUCCUGCGCUUCCCGAGAAGAUUGCUUCGGCUCCUCCAGCACCUACCCAAUCCCCUCCUCGACCGACUCCCGAGCACACUCAUUCCACUCCACCCCUCCCAACCCAUGAUCACUCUCACUCUACGCCAUCCCCAGUGGAAUAUGCACGCCACUCGUCGCGACCUUCCGGGCUUCCGGAGGUCCCCUUUGAUGCGCUAGCAUAUGGUCCACCACCGGGGACAGCCUCGCACCCCGGGAGAACCUAUGAAACCCCUGAUGAUUUCCACCGAGAGUGGAAUAAUCCACCCCAUCAGGCUCCACCUCCCCCGAGGCGUCAUCCGCAGGAAGUAUCCUACCAUUCGUACCGUGAAAGGGCAGACUCGUAUGAUACGCGCUCUCACGCACGACCGCGGUCUGGAUAUGGCAAUGCACCGCCCCCAGACUUCCGCUCUUCAAGGCAUGACCGGCCAACAAGUCGAUCAGGACCAGAGAUGUAUGCGCCUAUGUCAGAGGCAACGCCACCACGUCCGAGUAGCCACCACAGCAACCAUUAUGCAUUCGCCUCCCCAGAGCAGUAUGUGCCCAAUGAAAUCGCGCAGGUACAGCAAGUCGCCCGGUACAGGCAACGUUCCCCGGCGAACAUCCGCGAGCCUCAGGUAGAAUAUGGAUCCCACCCGGUGGAAACGGAACCUCGGUAUCGCCCGCAUAGCAACUCCCUGGUGAAAGAAACCAGCCCCAUCCGCCCCCCUAGUAGUCGUGAAAACCUGCCGGCAGAGUAUGCAACGAUGCAGCCCCGGGUGGAAGACGAAGAAGAGGAGGGCCCUCCACCUCCGCCUCCGGUUCAUCGGUCCGGCCUGGUGCAGACCAGUCAGCAGUUAGUACCGUCACCAACCCCAUCGUACCAAGCUUACUCGCCAGAGUUUGCAACUCCUCGGACCUCCCAAGAAAUCAACAUGUCGCAGCCGUCGCACAUGCUGUCCGACGGGGGCCGGAUGCAGGACCUCCCUCCACAUACGAACGGCCCGCCCGUGCCCCCCAGUCUAGUCGCCGGGUUUGAUCCCGCCAUUGCAGAGGCCGAGUCGGACCGCGCGGAAAAUGAACGGCGCCAGAGCCGAAGACGCAGUGAGCUGAUCGAAGAGAUCAUCAUGCCGCUCGAGUCGACGUCCAUGAUUGUGCCGUACCCCGUCGAACCUUCCCCGCCGAUCAUGGACGACCGCCGUUCGCUGAUCAGCAGAGGAUCAGCCCAUUCAUCAGCCCAUUCAUCAGAGACUCGUCUCGUUCCUCGCCGGAAAUCGGUCAGUCCCCGGCCACCACCCCUCGGCGAGCGGGAGGCUUCUCAAAUCCCCUUCUCUCCGGAUUCGUUUGACGCCUUCAAUCCAAAUGCAGCUCGCGCGGCGGUCCUCCGGGACCCAGCGCCGGCAUAUGAAACACCCGCUGAGGCGAUGGACGCCGCCCGACGGUCCGAGAGGGAAGCCGCGCGGGACCCGGGCCCGAUCAUCGGUGAUGAUGGUCGAGAGAUCGAUCCCUCUGACCACCUCCCGACCGAUACAUGGGCUCCGGAGCCAGAACGGAAGACCAAGAAAUCCGGGGUGGUAGUCCGCUUCAAGAAUGUCCCACGAAAGAGGAGCCCCGCACCACCGCCUGUUAGGGAAUAUGCACCACGCUCCCGGCCCUUGGUGGAUGGAGGAUAUAGACGUCCCCAAUCAUACGUGGCGGAUCCGGCUGUUCGAACCUCACCUGGGGAGAACCGUGGUCGCGCACUCUCUCCUUACAGACAUGGGCGGACAAUGAGUUCCCCGAACACAGCCCCUUCUCACCGAACGUCUGUCUCCCCAUCUCCGCGCGGUCACUCCCCGUCAAGCUUGUACGCCCCAGUCAACACCGGCCCGCCCAUUCCAGCCAAGGUGCCGAUUGCCCAACCAAUGAACCAGAACUACCCGGUGAUGGGUGGUAACGGGACUCCCCAGGGCUAUCCUGUGGCGGGUGGUCACCAGGGAAUGGACGCGCUGAGUCGAGAGUUGAAUACCAUCGACAUUGGGUCCGUGGGGUGCAACAACCAACGGGCACUGAGGAGAUACGUCCCCAAACUGCCUGCGGGAUAUGCCGCGUGAAUUCGGCCCAUGACGUGAUGAACUUUUCCCUUUCUCUUUUUUUUUUUUUUUGUUUAUUUAGUUAUUUUGGCCUCUAAGACUGCAUGGAGAAUGAAAAAUGUACGAAUGUGGUUUCUGGGAAUCUUUUUUUUUCGGGCGGCGUUCAGGUUUAUUAUACACUAAGAUAUCUAUACAUACGCAGAUUGCUAUUUGGCACCGGUUAGGGUGGUGAUAUGAGGUAGAGCAUGAUCACGAAUAUAAAAGACGAUUCGCAUUGCAUUGGAU